AUGACAGUACCAAGGGAGCGUGACAGAGAGAACCAUCGACCCAGCGACGUCCCCACGCCGCGCUCUGGCGGACGCUGGCUAUCUAUGGCCAAGGAUGACCUGGGUUUACAGAGUUCGUGCCCAGCGCUCGUCAGGUCAAGGUCGUCCCCGGCUACGGCACUCAGCAGACGUGCUCUCGCUCCCGCGGCGCGGAUCAAGACACCUGUGGCGCCCGAGCUUAAAGCUUCCGCCGCGACGCCCCGCACCCGGGGACGCUUCCCUGCCACUCAGGCUCCGCGGAAUGACUCGCGGCAGACACGUGGCGAGAGAGGAAACGGCGGCGACCCGACUCCGACUCCCUCUCGUUCCUGUCGAUGGCUCCACAAAUACGAAGUCACCAAUGACCCAAUUGCAAAGAGAGAGAAGGGUUGUACCUGUUCUUUUGGUGUUUUGUGCUUACCUUGUUUUCCCUCUCAGGUGGUGUUACCGGGCGGGAACACGUCAUUUGAUGUCGUGUUCCUCGGCCGGGAGGAAGGUCUCAUAGAGAACACCAUCUUUAUACACACUUCCAUAGGCACCUAUAAAUAUGGGGUGCGGGCAGUGGGGACAGGGAAUCCCUACAGGCUGAGGCCCUUGGUAGGGGUGCGCAUGCCUCUCAAUUCUUCAUACUCUCCUCUAAUUCAGUUGCACAACCCACAUCCACAUGCUCUACAGAUCACAGAAAUGUACAGUACAGGAGGAGAUCUUCACUUGGAACUGCUGUCAGGUAGUCAAGAAGGGCAGAAGAACGUGUGGAAUAUUCCACCCUACCACACACGCCCACUAAUGAAGGCAAACUUUGUUGCUCGCAGAGAGAAUAACCAUACCGCUUAUGUCAGAAUCGUAACCAGCGAGACAGAUAGUGACUACCUGGUAGUUCCAGUGGAAGUGGAGGUUUCUAGUCAGCCUGGGCUCUUCUGCCCGCAGGAUGGCCUCCACUUUGGCCUGCGCACCCCUCACGACCCGCCUGCCACGCUGCCCCUGCACCUCCUCAAUUCGGCCCACAAGCACAUACACAUUCAAAAUGUGAUAACAACUCCAGUGAAUGAUGCAAUAUCAAUUGACUUCAAGCCUAUGAAAAUCCCACCUGGAACAGUGCGUCCAACGCAAGUUGCAACUGUAAUAUUUGACCCCUCCAAAGUGACAAGUGGAAAGAAAGUAUCAGGGAAAAUAUUGAUCAAAAGCAAAGUGUCGGCAUAUAAGCUGAGUGUGCCAUUCACUGUGGACUUGCUGCAAGGUGCACUGCUCUAUAACACGUCCAUCACCAAAUUCUACACAGGGGCAGAGCAAGUUAUAAGCCCUUAUACGGAUUCAGGAUCCACGGACACGCAGACGAGAGUUUUCAGCAGUGUGGGGGGUGUUGCCGGUGGAGCGGGAGGGGUCUUGGGGGGCGGGGGUGGCGGGACGAGCAACCCCGGGAGUGAGCCACGCAAUCUCACACUUACCAACACCUUCCCCUGCCCUGUCGUCAUAUACAAUCUAACACUCCCGGAAGAGGCUAGAAAACACUUUGAGAUUGGAUGGGAUGGUCCAGUUGUCAUUGAGGAGAAUCUGAGUGCGCAUGUAGCAACACUGCGAUUGCUGAGUGUUGGUACAGAUGCUCGGCUUUCCACAACAGUAACUGUGCAUACAAAUGUCACCACCAUUAAAAUCCCUCUGCGUGCAUAUAAUGGAAAAUUAACAAAGUACAUACCUCCUCUUGGUGGCGAUUCUUGGCUGGACUUCGGGACGCUGGGAAUGGGCGAGCAGCGGGACAUCUUCUUCUACGUCAUAAAUGAAAACCCAGUGGAACUGCGGUUGCGGGGGUGGGGCUCAAACCUGACCCGGAGUGCAGUGGAGCUCAUGGGGGUGGAGGAGGGCAACCUAACAAGCAUCAAAAACAGGAACAACAUGACCUACACCUCAAAGAGCUUGUUCCUGAAGCCUCACCACUACGCUGUGUUCCGCAUUGGUGUGCUCACGCCCGACACGGAGGGCAUCUUCAUUGCUGAGGCAUUCGUGCAGACACAGUUCGAGCAGAUCAAGAUACCAUUUCGCCUCCGCACUGCUGACGGAUCUCUCAGUGUCGUGCCCAACACCAUUGUGUUUGAUCAUGCAUUCCCGGGGAAAAUCUCAAAGCAGAAUUUGCAUAUUCUGUCAACGUUUGGCCACCCAAUGUCAGUGAAGGAGGUGAAGCCGCUGCCAGCUGACUCGCGGUUCUCCUACGAGCCCAGCCAGAGCUCUCUCCUGACGUUACAAGCCGGCCACAAAAGCCAUGUGGGAAGACUGGUGUUUGAUCCCAAAGUGGAGUGUGGCUCAGAGUGCUACACAGGUUUUCCACUCACUAGUAAAGCUGGUCAGCAGUGGGUUAACACACUCUCCCUGACAUCUCAUGUUGCCGACACUGAUACGAGUUUGUACUCCACUCUGCGCAGUAGAUACCUCAACCUGUCAACCACAGUUUUCAAUACCUCCAUUGUCUUGCAUACUUCUGAGGUCCACGGUUUCCAUUUCACAGCAAAGGCUGUACUAACUUGGCCAGGCCUGAGUUCGCCAUCGCAUGUGUCAUUCCCGCUGACACAGGCGCUCAACACAAGCAUACAGGAGGUGUUCUUAGAGAACCCAGCCAGUGUCCCUGUGGUGGCUCAAAUACUCCUGCUUCACCACUAUCCAGCAACACAGCAGCUGCUAUCUCUCUUACCAACGGGUGAGAUGCUGCUCAAUGAGAGCGGCAGUGGGGCUGGCAGUGAUGUGUUCACGCUGGUGGACGGUGACAGCCUGGCCGCAGGGGGCGGCACGACUACAGCCAGAGGAAGCUCGAUGCCUCCGCCUGCCCCUGAAAUAACGAGCGGCCUGGCCCAGCACAGAAGGACGCUGGAGGAGCAGUUCAAGACGCGCGUUGCCAAAGACAGCAUCGCACUCAUCCUUGAGCCGGGUGUCAAGGUGAAAGUGAGAGUGUCAUUCACACCGCCAGAUGAAAAGCUGUACUCGACAGUGUUGUUAGUGCGCAACAACCUGACAGUAAUAGACAAAGUGUUGGUGAAGGGCAGAGGGGGGAGAGGUUUCCUUAAGUUUGCCAACAGAAAACCUGGCUCGGCUAUGCCUCUUGCCUUCAAUAUUGGGGCCAAACAUUUGAAAGACUGUGAUAAUGGCAGAAGCUCAAAAUAUUACCAACCAAACUUCACGGUGAAGCGUUCCUUUACGGCGCGCAACACUGGUGAACUGCCCGUCCAGGUGUGGGGCUUCAACAUCAAUGACUUACCUUGUGAGGGCUAUGGCUUCAAAGUUUUGAACUGUGAAGGCUUCGAGCUAGCCCCCAACGCUAGUCAUAAGGUGGACAUCGCGUUCACUCCUGACUUUACCCUGUCCAAGGUACAACAACGGCUAGUCAUUCACACCAGCCUUGGGUUGGUGAGCGGGCCCGAGGAGGAGACUGCGGCGCCGAGUGAGAGCCAGGCGCAGCCGGGCCGAGUUGAAUAUUCCCUGGUUGCUACCGUCCCUACCCACCUGCUCGCACAAUGCGGAGCUGCUGUGCCCAGGCCCUCAUGGGAGCCCCUCCUCUAUUAUGCAAUCUUACCUCUGAUGGCGGCCAUGCUGAUUGGGGCCUUGAUCCUGGCGGCGCUUGAGGCAGACCACAUCCUCAGGUCUACCAAGAUUGCCAUGACAACCUCCGUGCCCUCCAAUGGACAUGCGCCAGCCUUUGACAAGUCCAAAGUGUUUGACUUGAAGAACAUUGCGCAUCACGACUCCAAAGGUGCACCUCUGAAGAAUGGCUAUGCCAAUGGCCAUGCUCAGGUGGAGAGCCUCAAGGCAAGCAGUCCUGUGUGCAGUGGGUCUAGCAACAAGAAAUCCACAGCUCCGUCAUCCACGGGUGAGAUCAUUGCAAAUGGUAGAAAGUCCGCCUCAGGUGCCAGCUCUUCUAAAAAGGUUGGCAAUAAUCAGAUCACAAGUUCAAGUACAAAAUCCAAAUACACAAAACAGUCUGACUCUAAGUUAGGUCCAGCGUCUGGAGAAAGCAUCUCUGUUAUAUCUGACAUUUCUGCAAAUCAGAACCAGAAUAGGAAAUCCAAAGGAUAUAAUAACAAAAGCAACAGCAGUAGAAGCUCAGAGUCGCCAAUGUCGUGGCGCAGCUUCUUCUCGCGAGCUGUGAGUGCAAAGGAGGACAGUGCGAUAGGGGCGGCAACGGCCAAGAGCGAGCCAGCCAAUCCCAAGAAGUCACCUAACACCAGAAAUAAAGAAGAGGCAUCUGUCCUCAAGCAAUCGGUCGGCACUGAGACAGAUUUGCACAUCGAAAACUGCUCCAAGCUCAGAAGACGCACCAAGCCAAGCGUCGAGGAGGAGACUUCCUCUACAACAACUGAGAGUUCCAACACAGAUGAAUUAUCAAUAAGUGAAAGGGACACGCCUUUGAGCAAAUCGUCAGAUGUGGCGUCAGCGAGCGGGACGAGUGGAAAGGCAAACAAGCGGCGCAGUGUGCGGGCCAAGGGAGGCAAGGGCUCCAGUGUGGAGACUGGGCAGGUUGCGAGCAGCGUGCUAGAUGAUGAAUUGGGCUUCGAGAUCAGCACAAAGGUUAAGGGGCUGAAGAAGCUAAAGGAGUCGUCAGGGCGCAGCAACUUUGGUGGUGACAUCUACCAGCCAAAUACACUGGAGCUGCCCUACACACUGAAGCACGUCCGCCAGAAGGACUCGGACCGCCCCAAGGAGAACCACAGGAACCCAAAGGGUACCACCAAUAAAAAUAAAGAUUCAGGUGAGAGUAUGGGCAGCACAGGGUCAUCGCCAGUGCCAAAGUGGGAUGAGUCGAGGUCAGCAUCAGGAGAUGGCACAUCGGCCACGUCAGCAUCAACGUCAGGGCUGGCGACCCACAACAAACCUCAGACGCAACCACAACCACUUGCACCAAGGGAGUCGUCUUACUCUGCCAUUCUGCUCGGCACUGACAAGCAGAAAGCUAAAGUCACGCCCUUCAUCAAGGUGCCACCGGAGAUGAAAAAGAUUGAAAAGCCCCUGGGUGUCAUUGGCCAGAAGGCGGGCAAUGGAGGCAACAGCACGAACAGCAGUGGCAUGGGUGGCUUGCACAGCACAUCCAACCCAGUGACAAGUGCAGCCGUCCCACCACUGUCCAGUAACUCGCUCUUCACUAUUCCUGACAACAACUACUCGCAUCGGCUCAAGGAGGAGGCUUACUCACGCAGCCUAUACAGUGGCUUUGGUGACAAUGCUGCACUGUCUGGCUCACAGAACAAUAACAGUAGCCACUCGUGGGACCCCAAGACUCUCACAGUGCCUGCCAUGAGGCCGCCCCCAGGGCUUGUGCAGGCACAUGAAUUUGUGCGGCAUCAUGGCCCUCUCACAGAUGAGGACUGGCAGUACUGCAACCCACAGGUAGGGGGCUCGCUGUGGUCAGAUGGCAGCACCUACCACAAUAACAACAUGGGUAUGAAUGCCAACAGCACUCCACCGCCGAGCUUGUGGGACUCCCUUUCCAAUAUCUGGUCGCCCCCCUUCUGGUCCAAUCAGGGAACUUCAUGCCCGCCUAACACACCCUCACCAUGGGGCUCCUCCUCACUUCCCAAGGCCUCAACGCCCCCUGUGAUGAGUGAUGCCAACGGAGCCGUGUCCAAGGGCUUGGGCUUUGACCCCUUCCACUCGGACAACAACAUCUGGUCGGCACCUGGCUCGGGCCACACCGGUGACCUGUGGGCUCCACCAGUGUCCAACAAGAAGGAAGCCUAACUGAGCCAGAAGCUGUGCUGCGGCAGUGUGUCCUUAACAAUGGUCAUGUGGACAAUGAGGAAGAAGAAGCCCCCCCUUUUUUUACGUAAAAAAUUUAUUUAGAUGGAAAACAUGCAAGAGAGGGUGUGGUGUGCCCUCCAUUUUCUUUUCUUUCUUCCAUCUUUUCAAUCAUUUCUCAUCAACUUUCCUUAACACUCCUUUUUCGUGUCUCUUCUACCUCUCCCCUUCCCUUUUUUUCUACUCUCCUGUCCUCCCCUUCUCUUCCUCUCAUAUCCUAUUCCUUUCUCCUCUUUCAUAUUCUCCACCUCUCGGCUCUUGUCUGUUCUUUCGUCUUGCCUUUCUCCUCUUCAAUUUCCUCUUCCCUCUCUCCUGUUCUCUCCCCACUCUCUCCUCUCCUCUCUCACAUCUGAUAGAAAUCUAUAUUUUUAUUUUAAAAUGAAACUAGGAUGGAAGUAGUUCCAUUACUACUAGAAAAAGGCCUUUUACUUAAAAAGUUUACAUUUUUUCGUUCAUCAACCGAAGGAAAUGACUUUAUUUUAGUAAUAAAACAUCACUUUCCAGUCAUACAAGAGUAAACACUUUUUUUAAUGAGACAAGAAAAACUGAUCUCUUUUCUUCUCUCUUAUGAGUGUGUCAGUAUGAAAGAAAUAAUGGAAAGUGUGACUGUGUAUGUAAGUAUGUCUGUACGCACGUGUAUUGGCUUUUUUAAGUUGUGUCUUUCUAAUUUGAAUACAAUAAGCUGUCAUAUUUUGUUAAUGAGAGAGCUGGUGUGUCAAAUGUCUAUGUACAUUUUUGUUUCCUGGCUUUUAAGUUAAUGUUUGUUAUGUAUAUGUGUAUCUUCAUAUACAAGUGAUGAAUGUUUGUAUUUGUUAGUAAAUUAUAUGAUUUCAAAAGUGAAAAAGUAUACUCAAAUUUGUUUAGCUUCUUCAAUUUAGACUGUCUAAAGGUAUGGUUGGUAUGUUGAGUGAAGAUAACUUAACUUCUGGAGUGAAAAAAGGAAUUAUUUUUCUUUCAAAUAUUUCAAAUAUUUUCAAAUAUUUUAAUUUAUAUUUCUUUUUUAUUGGUGUUACUCCACUGAUCAUUGCAAUUAUGUUUGCAUGUAGUUUAGAAUUUACUUUUUUUUUUUUUGUUAGGAAAUACCCACUUUUUCUUUUUUUAUUGCUUUUAGCAACUGAUAUUUUUAUUAACAAAUUGGUUUGUUGCGCAGAAAUGUAGGUGAGUUUUUUUUGUCUCAGUACACAAUAGACUUUUAUGAUGUUUGUUUUACAAAUUGAGAGUAACGAGGAAAAGCAGUUACAAGCUCAGAGAGGUUUAGUAAGGUAUUUGACUACCUUAGAGACGAGCUUCAUCUGGAGAUGACUAAACAGAUAAUAAAGAAAAGACAAAAUAGUUUUUUCUUAUGGUUUUGAAAAAUGAAUGAAAGAAUCCAUCGCAUCUUCACAUUUGCUCGAAUUGUACGUGCCAUAAUGAUUAAUUCUCAGCAUCAGAUAUUCUACAGUUUGAGUAGGUUGCGUUUCAGAACCGGCUCCAAUCUUUCUCAGCCACACCAUUGCUAUGUGAGUCACUGCAUUAAUUAGGAUGAUGAAUGAUUUCCUUUUCUUUUAAAAAGAGUAUUCAUGUGCUUAUCAUAUACACAACCUUUGCCUCAGAAUAAAGCAAUCCUUAACGAUGAUGAUGAAAUGCAGGAAUUACGAAUACAAGAAGGGGCAAUCGCGAGAUCCAUGUUCUUCUUCAGCCCAUCCUGGUAGUCAGUAUUUCAGAAGUGGCCGAGAUACAGUUAAUGGAAGGGAAAUGGUUUCUGUCCAAUAACUUUCUUCCAUUGAUUGCUAAAAAAAGAAAAAAAAAAGAAAAACAGCAGUGGAUGUUUUAUGGUAUUUUGAGUGACUUCAAAAUCAGUAGUCUUUCCUUAAUUGAACUUUUAAAGUAAAUUCCUUCAUUCAAGGUUCACACCCAGCUCACCACUUCCUUUAGCUACAAGGAAGGUUGACCAGGAAUAUUAUCAGUCAAAUGUUUGCCUCCUGUUGACUGUACUCCGGCCUCCUGCUACAACCAGUAUUGUGUGUUCUCCCACUCACAGUAUUUGAUCAUUCUCCAAGCAGGAAACUCAGUAAUUCAGGUUUCCAUCUCAAAACAACUUGAGAAAGAGCAGAUGUCAGACAUAACAAGAGUGUUUUUGAUGGACAAAUAAAAAGAGAUAAUUAAA